CGGAUUCAGCCGACGACGGCGUGUACGCCGUACAGUGUGUACCUGUGCAGUGCAGUUACAGCGUGCGCGCGCUCGUACCCGCGGUCUGAAAAACUCGUCGUCAUUGAAUUUCGAAGACCACGCCGCGGUGAAUCAGCAUGACGAAGGCGCAAUGUUUUCGUCGUUAAAGUUUUCCACGCUGCGAUCGAAGAAACACGCGUCGCCGAAGCCGCAGCAGCAACGUACGACCGACGAGGAUACGGCGCAGCGGCACCGGAAGUCCACGAGCAAAUGUAAGGAGCCGACGCGUGAGCAGCAGCAGCGUCACCGAAGUUUCGCGGGGUCCGGGUUACUAGACAAGGUUUGUUCAACCCAGAAGACCAAAGAUCAACGAAUGGUAUCCAAGAACACGAUUUACGAGCCCAGCUGCUACGUAGAUCAAUAUCAAUAUGUGAAGCACAAAGUAAUUGACGUGUUCAUCGAACGAGAAGAUGGUAACCUUGGUAUAGUAUUGCGUGGCGGUGCACAUCCGGACCCAGAAAUGUGCAAACCGUUAACUGUAACACACGUCAGAUCCGACGGACCAGCCGACAGAGAAGGGACGAUUAAGGUCGGUGAUCAUCUAUUGGCCAUCGACGGUGUUUCGUUGAACGGUCUGACACUAGCAGACGCCGAUGCCGUACUCAGGCAGACGGACGGAGCGUGUCGGUUAACCAUAAGAUACCAAGUAUCCGCGGCGGACCGGGUCGGUAAUGCGGCUUGUCCCAUGUUGGUAGAAGUCGAAAGCCCGAGACCUCAUCAAUUAGGCUUGACUUUGACCAAUACAAUCAACAACAGUGCUGUGGUAGUUGACCAUGUGAAACCUGGUAGCAUUGCUGAACGGUGUGGUGCUAUAUUUCCGGGUGACCAGAUAGUGGCCGUCAACGAUACCAGAGUGGCUGGCCUAAGGACAGCGGCCAGUGAUGUGUACAAAUUGCUACGGACUUGCGGCGGCGUUCAACCAACCCUCAGACUAGAAAUAAUACCAGCAUUUACCUCGGAUUUUUCGCACACAGAAUACUGUUCGUCGUACGACUCUCGCCAACACCUGUACUCCGUGUACGAAGAUCCGGUAAUCGAACCGACCGUGGCCUGGGAACCCACGGAAUCACAGAACACGGUAAUGCGUGUUGAUUACACUAUACUGACAUUGGUAGCCGACGAAAACGGACGGUUUGGAAUGGACGUUCGGUCGAAUAACUUGGCUCUGGUCGUUUACUAUAUCGAGCCGGGAGGACCCGCCGACAGAACUGGUUGUGUGCAAGUGGGCGACCGUAUACUAUCCGUGAACGGAUGCAAGAGCACUAGUUUCGUGCCCUUGUACCAGCAACCUCUUCACGAGUUCUUAGGGCCCGAGGUGAAAAACGCUUGCAUCAAGGUAGAGUUCGAUAUCGCCGAUUCCGUUGUGCCCACGUCUGGAGAGUUUACCGUGAAAUUGGUGAAAAACGACUACAGGAGUCUUGGGAUCACGAUAACAGACGACGGAAACGGACAAGUGUGUAUUUCGGAGAUCGUGCCGGGCUCAAUAGCGCACCGAUCGGGCACGUUGAAAAUCGGCGACACGUUGUUGGCCGCGAACAACAAAUCGCUGAGCGACUGUACUAGACAGGAGGCGACUGACAUACUCCAGGAAGCCGGAGACGUGGUGACGUUGCGCGUGCGAACUUCCGGUGCCACGACAGACGAUUAUGAAAACGAAGACGAUUUAGUGCAAUAUACGGUGGAAUUGUACAAAAAAGGAGAACCUUUAGGUAUAACUAUUACUGGAUCGGAAGAUUCCCGGCUACCGAUUUCUAUUCAAGAACUAUCACCUGGUGGACUGGCCGACCGUACGGGCGCGAUACACGUGGGCGACCGGCUGCUGGCCAUCAACGGGGCCGAUCUGUCCGAGGCGCCGCUGUCCACGGCCAUAGCGCAGUUGCAGAACACGGACGACCGGGUGGUGAUCACGGUGUGCCGGCCGCAGCACCAGCAGCCGCAACGGCCGUUCUACACCAGCGUCGGGCUGCUGUCGACCACCGCGGACGACUCGGCCAUCGAGUCGGACACCACGCGGUCCGCGCCCAACCUGCACGAGCCGACGCCCGAACGGAUCGUGCUGCGGCACCGGUCCAAGAGCGCGCAGCGCAAGGUGCCCGAGUUCGACAGCGACUAUUUCGGCGGCACGCUCAGGCCGUACUACAUACGCGAGCACGCGGACUACGACGUGGACAGCAUAUUUAAGAUAGCCGAGAACCAGGACAGGGACGGGCUGCUGGAUUUCGACCUGUUCCAAGUCACCCUGUUCAAGGAUGCGGUGUACGAAGAUUUCGGUUUCAGCAUAUCGGACGGGCUGUACGAGAGAGGAGUGUUCGUUAACAACAUUCGAAAAGGCGGACCGGCCGAUUUGAGCGGCAUGUUGAAACGUUACGAUCGUAUAAUACAAGUGAACAACACUAGGACAGACGAUUCCGACUGUUGUCUGACAGUGCCACUGGUGGCGUCUGCCGGAGAUAAGAUAACUUUAACGGUGGAAAGACGACACAAUGCGUCGAGAAUUCAAUUUACUUGAGUAUGACAAUAUUAACGUGUUGCUGUCCAUGAAUUUAUCGAGUCGACUCGACGGAAGUACAUUUUUAAUUUUUUAGGACUGAAGCCUCGUUUUCUCUAUCUUCUGUAUUUUUAUUUUCUUAUUAUUAUUAUGCAAAACAAUGAUAUAAACAAUAAGCAAAUAAUCCAAUCCUAAUCAGUAUAUUAUACAACUAUUUAAGUUUUCGU